CCCCGAUCCCUUACGUUUGGCAGUGUAGCCGAAGACGUUUUCGUUUCUGUCGUUCAAUAUAGUCAGGCUUAACACUUGAAAGUAACUGAAAUGAAAUUGGAAUUUACUUCCGGCAUCAGUCUGACGUUGUGUGACGUCAUCGGACCGCCUUCGUUUUUAGGCUCCAGUGAUCCUCCAAGUAAGCAGGAUGGACGAAGCUGUGGAGAAAGAGGUGAAGAGGAUGCUGAAUGGAGAAGGGCGGGAGGUUCCAGACCUGGACUCCGUGCCUGAUCAUGCGCAGGCUGUAACCCUGAAAAGAAACAUCUGCUACAUAGUGAGCGCUGUCAUCUUCAACUCUGAGGGCAAUGUGCUGAUGGUGCAGGAAGCGAAGAGGGACUGUUAUGGUUACUGGUACCUCCCUGCAGGCCGCAUGGAGGCGGGCGAGAGCAUCCGUGAUGCUCUGCGCAGGGAGGUAAAAGAAGAGGCGGGGUUUGAGUGUGAGCCAAUCACCAUGCUGCUGGUACAGGAACAGUGGCGAAACUGGAUCCGCUUCACCUUCCUCGCCGAGGUCACAGGGGGCAGCCUGAAGACGAUAGCCGAGGCCGACUCGGAGUCUCUGCAGGCUCAGUGGUGGGAUCGAAAGGCUCCUCUUACUCUGCGUGGCCAGGACAUACUGAGUCUCAUCGACGCUGGAGUGAGAUAUCGCCAGAAGCCCUGGUUCCCCGUUUCUCUCCCCGUGAACAUGCCUUGCUCUGUGGUGUGCCAGCGGCCGCUCUUUGUCUUCAGCUGCGAGGAGCGAUUAUGGCUGCUUCUCGCUAAGCACACAGCGGGUUCUGAGACACGCCUUCACCUUCCCGUGAUCGUCUCAGAGAAAGGCUAUUCGAUCGAAUGGGCGGGGUACAAAUUCGUCAAGGACUGCAUGCAGGCGAUGCAUCGCGCACUGCACUUUAACAUGCUGGGGAUUCUGGGAGUGCAGCAUGAUGGCAGAGUCCUGGGCCAAUCCGAUGGGAUCUGUUUCAAUACGUUCGCAACUCUGGACCCUUCAGUGGAAGGGGCGGAGCUCAGCAGCCCGCCGCUGCCGGACAACGAGAUGUAUACGUGGUGCGAAGUGACUAAUCAGAGCCUGAAAGGGCAGAUACUACAGCGGUUAAAGGACAGAUCAUUCCCGCCCAUGAAGAGUCUCUAAUGAUUGGCUUUUGACUUAUUAACCACAACAGAGUCAAGCUAAUGACCGCUGUAGAUUAACAGUAGAUAAUCAGUAGAUUAACAAAAGUAGUGGUAGGUUAAAAAGAUUAACCGUUAUCUUUUAAUGCUUAACUAUUACUGAUUGGUUCAGGGCUAUAAAUCUAUAUCACUACAAGUGUGUGAGUAUCGUUGUACUCGGAAGAGACAAAAUAUGUUUUGUAUAGAAAUGAAAAAUGCUGGAGUUUGCCUUUAAGUGCUAUGACACACAAAAAAUGUACCAGG